AUGUCUGAACAAUUAAGACAAACAUUCAUUAACGCAAAGAAUGAGGGUCGUAAAGCCUUGGUCACUUUUAUGACUGCAGGUUACCCAACUGUUGACGACACCAUUCCAAUUUUAAAGGCUUUUCAAGAUGGUGGUGUUGAUGUCAUUGAAUUGGGUAUGCCAUUCUCUGAUCCAAUUGCUGAUGGUCCAACUAUCCAGGUAGCUAACACUGUAGCUUUAAAUAACGGUGUCACUAUGAAAAUGACUUUAGAACUUUUGAAAAAGGCCCGUUCUGAAGGUGUCACUGUUCCAGUUAUUUUAAUGGGCUAUUAUAAUCCAAUUUUAAAUUACGGUGAAGAACAAUUUAUCAAGGAUGCUGCCGAAGCUGGUGCUAAUGGGUUUAUUAUUGUUGAUCUACCACCAGAGGAAGCCAUUAAAGUUAGAAACUAUGUCCAUGACAACGGCCUAUCUUUAAUUCCAUUAGUAGCACCAUCUACUACUGAUGAAAGAUUAGAAUUGUUGUCCCAGAUAGCUAAUUCAUUUAUUUAUGUUGUUUCAAGAAUGGGUACUACAGGUGCACAAACUUCUGUGGCAUCUGAUUUAGAUGUCUUGAUCAACAGAGUCAGAAAACAUUCAGGUAAUACCCCUAUCGCUGUAGGUUUCGGUGUAGCUACUAGGGAACAUUUCGUUACUGUUGGUGAGUUAGCUGAUGGUGUUGUCAUUGGUUCAAAGAUUGUUACUUUAUGUAAGGAAGCUGAACAAGGUCAAAGAUAUAAUGCGGUCAAAAAAUAUGUGGAAACUAUCCUAAAUGGUGUUAAACAUUCUAUUCCAACAAUCGAAGAAUUCCAGGCCAUGCAAAGAAAAUCUAGAGAAGAGGGACAACUGACUAAAGAUGUUAUCGCUGGUUUCAAAGAGGCUCACAAACAUAAAAUGAACUUUGGUGAAUUCGGUGGUCAAUACGUUCCAGAAGCCCUUCACGCAUGUUUACGUGAAUUAGAAGCUGGGUUUGAUGCUGCUGUUGUUGAUCCAACUUUUUGGGAAGAAUUUAGAUCUUUAUAUUCUUACAUAGGACGUCCAUCCUCUUUACAUAGAGCUGAGAGAUUAACUGAACACUGUGGUGGUGCUCAAAUCUGGUUGAAAAGAGAAGAUUUAAACCAUACUGAGACAGGUGCUGGUCAACACGGUGUUGCUACUGCUACUGCAUGCGCCAAAUUUGGAUUGUCAUGUACUGUUUUCAUGGGUGCUGAAGAUUGUCGUCGUCAAGCUCUUAACGUCUUCAGAAUGAGAAUCCUUGGUGCAAAAGUUGUUGCUGUUACUAAUGGUACAAAGACUUUACGUGACGCUACAUCUGAAGCAUUCCGUUUCUGGGUCACAAAUUUGAAGGACACUUAUUAUGUCGUUGGUUCUGCCAUUGGUCCACACCCAUAUCCAACUCUUGUACGUACUUUCCAAAGUGUGAUUGGUAAUGAAACAAAGGAACAAUUUGCUAAAUUAAAUGAUGGGAAGCUCCCAAACUGUGUUGUUGCCUGUGUUGGUGGUGGUUCUAAUUCAAGUGGUAUGUUCUCACCUUUUGAAAAGGACUUGUCUGUUAGACUUGUUGGUGUAGAAGCAGGUGGUGAUGGUCUUGAGACUGGUUACCAUUCUGCUACAUUGACAGCUGGUAAGCUUGGUGUUUUCCACGGUGUUAAGACAUACGUUUUGCAAGAUAAUGAUGGUCAAGUGCAUGACACACAUUCUGUAUCUGCAGGUUUAGAUUAUCCAGGUGUUGGUCCAGAAUUGGCAUAUUGGAAAUCUACUGGGCGUGCAGAUUUUAUGGCAGUCACUGAUGCGGAAGCUUUAGAAGGUUUCAGAUUGUUAUCUCAAUUAGAAGGUAUUAUUCCAGCUUUAGAAUCCUCUCAUGCAGUCUAUGGUGCCGUCGAAAUUGCAAAGAAAAUGCCAAGUGAUCAGCAUAUAGUCAUUAAUGUCUCUGGUAGAGGUGAUAAGGAUGUUCAAAGUGUUGCUGAAGUGUUACCUAAAUUAGGUCCAAAGAUCGGUUGGGACCUAAGAUUUGAACAAAAUCCAGCCGCUUAA